GGCGCGGUGGCGUCGGAGGGGAAGUGAGGCGGGCUGGCGUCGGCGCCUUUUCCGGCGAGUGCUGGCUGAGGGAGCGGCGCGGAGCGGAGCCGGCCCCGAGCCCGCGGGCGGCCCUGAGGCAGGACGCGGAGCCGCCGCCGCCGCCCCCUGAGCCGGCAUCCAUGAGCUGAGGCGCCGGGGCGGGAGCCAAGGCAGGAGCCGGGCGGAGCCGCCGCCGCCUCAGAGGCCCCGGCGGAGGAGCGGAGCGCGGCGCGGCCCUUCUUCCCGCCGCGCCCGGGCCGCACCGCGCCGCCAGGCCUCUCCCCUCAUCCCCGCCCCGCUUCUUCCGCAGCCGCCCCAUGCGCGGCCGGCGCUGAGCCCCGCCUGCCCUUGCCCUGACACCCCCCCGUCCCCGUCCCCGGUCCCCCCCGUCCCUCCGCCGGGCCGGCCCCGCUCCGUUUCGGCCCCCGCCCCGCGCGGGCUGCUCGGGUGGGUCGGUGCUCGCCCUCCGCCCACCCCACCCCCCCACACCCCCCCACCCCGGAGGCGCCGGGCCCCUUGGAUGCCGCCGAGAUGGGCAAGGUGCUGUCCAAGAUCUUCGGCAACAAGGAGAUGCGGAUCCUGAUGCUGGGUCUGGACGCGGCUGGUAAAACAACCAUCCUGUACAAACUGAAGCUGGGCCAGUCCGUCACCACCAUCCCCACCGUGGGCUUCAACGUGGAGACGGUUACUUACAAAAACGUCAAGUUCAACGUGUGGGAUGUCGGGGGCCAGGACAAGAUCCGUCCCCUCUGGAGGCACUACUACACAGGCACGCAAGGGUUGAUCUUUGUGGUGGACUGCGCCGAUCGCGACCGCAUCGACGAGGCCCGCCAGGAGCUCCACCGCAUUAUCAACGACAGGGAGAUGCGGGACGCCAUCAUCCUCAUCUUCGCCAACAAGCAGGACCUGCCUGAUGCCAUGAAACCCCAUGAAAUCCAGGAGAAACUGGGCCUGACCCGAAUCAGGGAUAGGAAUUGGUACGUGCAGCCCUCCUGUGCUACUACAGGGGAUGGACUCUAUGAAGGGCUGACAUGGUUAACAUCCAAUUAUAAAUCCUAAUGAGAGAACAACUAUUUAGUCUACAAAGAAUUAAAGGAAAAAAAAAAAAUAACCCACAUGGCUUUCCGGAAGAAUGAUUCUCUACUGAAAAGUAAAACAAAAGCAUCCAUAGGAUUAUGAUCACCUUUCUCCAGUUACCACCCUUUCCUUCUGCACACUUGACUGGAUUCCUGUUUUAACUCUUCUUGCUUGGCGUUAGGAUGCUCUAAUCUCCGAAUGUGACACGAACACAAGCACUAGAUGCUAUGGCAGACUUCCAGCAAACAGGGGAAAGACACAUUGUAGACUUGCUAAGUAACUUUUUUUUUUUUUCCUCUUGAUAGCCCUUAAGAUGGUUUGAUUAUUUUGGGGGAUGGUUGGGGGAGGGGUACCGUUUUCAGUGUAUGCUUUCUGGUUCUACUUUUUUGAUUAUAUAUAUUUUUUUUUUUCUUCUAUCACUUGCUGUAGAUUGCUACUUUUUUGCAUUCAUGCAGAAUAUGUUGAUAGGUCUACUUCAUCUAGUAAACUGAAAAUUAUUGCUUAAAAUCAAACUGCAGUCUGUCUUUUUAUAUUAAGGACUUUUUUUAAAGUUCUGUUAAUCUGUAACUAAAUAGUGACUCUCAGUCUGUCUUCAUAUCUCAGACUAAUAAUGAAACGAAUUCUUGCCUACAGUGGCAGAUAGUGAGAAUACCAUUGUAACAUGUUCAAAGUGCAUAUCAGGCAUAAUGUUAACUAGGUAAUGUAAGAACUGCUUUGAAAUGUCAGCUGUGAAGUUCUGAACCAUACAUCAUGCAUGAGAAGGGAUGCAAAUAAGUUCCCCAUACUACAUAGCAACCAUAUAGCAAAUAAGACAUGAAUGAUGUAAUAGUUCCAGGGUAGAUACUGUUCAGUUUUCGUCUUGCAUUGCAAACUUAAAUGAUGUUUAGCUGCAGUUUUUACUACUCGUGUCAGUCUCCGAUUCAAUGCAAGAUAGGUUCCUUCCAGAAAAUGCAGCAAUAACGUGUAAGCGUUGCAACAAGUUUUACUUUAAGUCACAGAUGUUUAGGCAAAAAUCUAGCACUGACUUGCCUGUCUUGUGAUCGAGACAAACUGCUUUCAUCUCAAGACAGUUGAAGACAUCUAAAAAGGAUUUCUCAUUCUUUCUGACAUGCAUGUAGUGGAGAAAGGAAUUUUGUUUUUUUUCUUUUCCAUUUUGUAUACUUCUGAAGGGGCAAGUUCCGUGCUAUGCUUUAAUUGAGCUUGGUAAUUCUGACGUCUCAAUAAUAGCCAUUUUGUGGAAAUCACUUAUUGGUUUAGUUUUCCAAGACUCGACUGAACUCAUGCAAGUAGUUGCAGUCUUCACCAUCUGUCUCGGUGUAGCCGGUUGUUGCUGUAGUCCUGUAGGAAGGGAACUAUGUUGGAUGUCUGAAGCCCAUUGAGUAACUACUAAUGAGAGCGGGGAGGAGAGAGAGAGAGAGAGAGAGAGAGAGAGUAUACGACUAUGAAUGUAAACUUCCAUAAUUAGUUCUUAAAGGGCAAGCAGCUCAUUUGCCAUAUCACAGUUUGCAGAUGUGACUGGCAAAAAAAAAAAAAAAAAAAAAAAAAACCAAACAAAAAACAAACAACCCACCCAGAACAAGUAUUAGUAUAAAAACUCAAGUAUUAAUGCUGGGUGCAAAAAAUGUUAAAGCAGCUGGUUCUUAUUCAGCCUUAAGGAUUAACUUCAGAUUUCCUCAAGGAGUUAAACUCAAUUGGGGAAUUCCAGGAAUGUAUGCUACAAAACCAGAAGAAAAUGGCUUUUUUUUUUUUUUUUUCCUGUUUUCCAAGGAUAUGAGUUUUACAUGAAAUUGGGGGCAUUACACUACAUUUCUGCAGUGUUGACUCUGCAUGCGAAGUACAUUGUAUAUGGAGCUCUUACCAAAGACGUAUGGGAAGAUAAAAAUACUGAAUUCACUUCUGAAAUUGAAUGCUUUGGACCACUUAAAAGUUCCUUUAGAAUAUGGUUCCAAAAGACUUAUCUUGAUGUGGGUUGCAAAUGGGACUGAAUGGGUUCUUGAUGCUAGAAGAUAGAGCAUUGAUUGACUGUAAGCCUUUGUAAGUUAGAGUCUGCAAAAGCUUAAUGUAGAAUAACUCUUUAAAUCUCAGCUCUAAAGAAGAGGAGGUGAGAUUUUUUUUUUUUUUCCCACUCAAGGCUUUUUGCCAUUGGAAUAUCAUUGCUCUAUUUUCUAGCUUUUUUUUUUUUUUUUUCCUGUUGAUGUAACUUAACAAAUAGUGUGGUGGUAUUAAGACUAAAAAUACAAGAAUAUGGUUACUGUUUUCUUCUGGAGCAUAAAUAAAAUAGCCAAGCACAAAGUAAAUGCCUAAACUGGAAAACUUGAAGCUCUAUUAAUGGUUCUUGAACUUUCUUAAAUCUAUUCUCAGUCAACAUGAAAACUUCAAUAACUUCAUUUUUUGUCUAAGUUGAUUUACUAUGUUUUCUCUUCAAGUGCUGGGGCAGACUUCUUUGCUAGACUUUGCGUUAAGUUGAAUUCACAGUUUUGUAUUUCCUUAGUAACUUUGUUAUUCUGUUUUUGUAGGUGAAAGGAAACUGGUUAUGCUUCUGAAUUUUUUUAAUGUCUUUUGGGGGGGGGGGGGGGGGAGAAAAAGUUACUGAAAUGUGUGGCAGAGAUGUCAAAAAUAAAUGGCCAUUGCUACUGAACAAAAUAUAAAGGUUUCACUUUCAACAUGUCCUUUAUAGGUUGUAGCUGAACCUCACCACGAAGUAGUGGCUAUUGGGCAGUAAACACAGCCUGUAGGAUAAAGUGGCAAUCUGUAAGAAAUCCUAUGAUUUAAAAACUAAUCUGGAGUUUAAGUGCAUCAAUUUGUGUUCAUGUGAAUUUAUGGAGUAAGUUUUGAAUGGCGUUAAUCGUGUCUGAUAAGUGAAUGAGUUUGUAGACUGUGAUCUCCCUGACUAAAGUAAACAGGAAUUUUGUGUUCUCAAUAUGGCUGUAGUGUUGGUAAAGAACUAAUAAGCAGAAAAUAAAGCAAUUAUACAGCGGA